AUGGAUGAACAAAAGGAGAAGGAUGUUCCUCCUGUUGGUACUGGCUCAGAGUCCACGGUGACUGCCGGUGGGCAUGUAGCUGGUGAAACCCUAGCGGGGUCCGAGGCUUGUGUGAGUGAGGGUCAGGUUGAGGGGUCUUUCACUGAGGAUGUGGGUGAAGAUGAUGGUGGUUCUUGUAAUGGGGAUGAUAUAAUGGUGGAGGUUCUGGGGUCUAAUGUUUAUGUUGGUGGAGUUUGCACUAGUGGGGAUGGGGAGAAAUCAGAUGAUGAGGUGGGUCGUGAUGAGUCGGAUGAAGUUGAUAUGGGUUCGGAGAGAAAUGUUGGGUCCUUGGGUGGAGAUGUUGGUGGAGUGGGUGAACCGGAUUCAGUGGAAGGUUCAAUAGGUGGAGAAACCCAGGUUCUUCAUAUUGAGGAAGCUGAGGUGGUUGCAAGGGAGGUUGUGAAUUCACAGGAAGUUAUUGCUUCAGAUGAAAAAGAAGAUGAUUCUACAGCUGAAAAUGGAAUUGGAGGUUCCUCGGAUGGAGCUCUAUGUAGUGAAACACAAGUUGUGGAGAAUGAAGUUACUGUUAUCGAAAGUGUAGAAGUUUCAGGGAGAGGAUUGGUGGAGGUUGUGGAACAAGAAACGAAGUCGGUUGUUGGUGGGGCUGAUGCACUCCAUGAUUUGAAGACACAGAAAGCUGGUGUUUCAGAUGAUGAAGUAUGGAAUCCUGGGAUUGAAAAAGCUGCAGUGAUUAUCAAUGAAGAAGGUUCGAAUCCCAAGCCCUUGAGUGAGCAAACCCAAGUUCCUGCUGCUACUGGUGAUGUUGCUGGGGAGGACAGAGUAGAUACUUUGACUUCCCAAGUGGCAGGCAAGGAAACUGAUAAAAUUGAUGAAAAUUCGAGUCAUUCAGUAGAAGAAAAGCUAGUUAAGAUUGAGCCAGUAGGUGUUAGCACCCACAGUAGCAGCAAUGGACCUGCACAUUCAGUGUCUUCAUCUCUUCCAGCUCAAGUAGUUCAUGGAGGUGAAAUUGCAGUAAAAGGUGCACAUGAUCUUCUGACUUUUGAGAAAGACCAGUUCUUGAAACCUGAAGAGAGCGUAGAGAACAUGGUUCAUGAUAUUUCCCUGGUUGAAUCAACUUCCGUAUCUCUGCCAACAGAAGUAGUUCCAGGAGGUGUAGUUUCUGUUACAGAUGGAGGCAGCCCUUCGAAUUCUGUAAAAGAUCAGCACUCGAAACAUGAAGAGAGCAUAGACAAGAACAUGGCCCAUGAUAUUGCACAGAUUGAAUCAAAUACCGGGCAAGAGAUGGAAGUGGACAGCCAAGUUAAUGAUGCUGGACAGGUUGGGUUAGAUGGAGGGCAUGGAGAACAUUUGAUGUCUAACAAUGAUGUUCCAGAGCCAGCUGAAAAAGAGCAACUCCUGAAGUCUGAAGAGUCCUUAGAAAAGACUGAGACUGCUUAUGUUGCUCCAGUUCAUUCUAAUAUGGACAUGGAGGGAGUCAAGGAACAAGUUACUGAUGCCGAGGGUGUAUUAUAUGGAGGGGAACAGAUAGAAGAUAAAGGCCAAUACACAAUAGGCGGAAACACUGAAAUUGCAGCAGCAGAUAAUAAUGUUCUCUUGCAUCCAAAUGGUCAGAACUUGAAAACUGAGACUCUGUACAGGAGCUCACAAACUGAUAUCGAAGUCACUGAUAGUGGGGAUAUUGCUCCUAUGGACACUGAGGAGGUUUUCAAUUAUGCCAGUGUGGCUGAGACUAAUGUUGUGCAUGAGGCUGGACUUAAGGAACAAGUUACUGAUGCUGAGCUGGAUGGUUUACAUGGAGGGCAAUACACGGAAGUCGAAACAGAAGCUACUGAGCAACCAAAAUUCAGUGAAGAGGAAAUUAUUAUGGAAGAAGCUAUGCAGCCUGGUAGCUCAGAUAUUUUGCUUCAACCAAGAUAUGAGCUGCCACCAGAAAAUGAAGGCUUGUUUUCUGCGUCUGAUUUAGUUUGGGGUAAAGUAAAGAGCCAUCCAUGGUGGCCUGGACAGAUUUUUGAUUAUACGGUUGCAUCUGAGAAGGCAAUGAAAUAUCAUAAGAAGGACUGCUUUUUGGUAGCAUAUUUUGGGGACCGAACGUUUGCUUGGAAUGAACCAUCUAGUUUGAAGCCUUUUCGAUCUUACUUUCCCCAGUCAGAGAAGCAGUGCAGUUCAGAAGCGUUUCAGAAUGCUGUCAAUUGUGCUCUGGAAGAAGUUUCAAGACGUGUCGAAUUGGGACUAGCAUGCUCUUGCAUACCAAAAGAUGUCUAUGAGAAGAUUAGGUUCCAGAUUGUUGAAAACGCUGGGAUCUGCCAGGAAUCAAGUAGAAGAGAUGAAGUGGAUGAAUCUGCAAGUGCCAGUUCUCUUGAAUGUAAUAAACUGCUUGAAUACAUAAAAGCUUUAGCACGGUUCCCAUCUAGUGGAAGUGACCAAUUGGAACUUGUGAUAGCUAAGGCUCGUUUGCUGGCAUUUUACCGCUUGAAGGGUUACUGCAGCUUGCCCGAAUUCCAAUUUUGUGGAGAUUUAUUGGAAAAUAGCACAGAUAGUUCCCUUUCCGAGGACAAAAUAAAUCUAGGUGAAAGGGAUGAGCAUACGAUUGAAAAGGUGACUUUUUCUGGCCCGGACAUGGUAAAAGUCCAGAGUAGCAAUUCUAAUAAGCGUAAACAUAAUUUGAGAGAUGGAGUGUAUUCUAAGAUAAAAGAAAGAAGCCUGUCAGAAUUAAUGGAAGGUGGCAUAGAUUCUCUAGAUGGGGAUGAUUGGUUGGAUGGGAAGGAUAGUGGUGGUUUGGUUUCACCAUCCUCUGGAAAGAGACGGAAGGGUUUCGAGUAUCAUGCUGAUGACUUAACAGUGCAAGAUGGAAGGAAAGGUCUUUCUGUUGCAAAAGUUUCUAAUACCACACAUAUCCCAAAGCAAUCUUUUAAGAUUGGUGAAUGUAUCCAGAGAGUUGCAAGCCAACUGACAGGGUCUCCCAUAGUGAAGUCCAACAGUGACAGACCUGCUGGGGAUGGAUCUGAUGUUGCUUUCCAGAGUUCUGGUGAUGGCCAUAGAGGGAGAGCAAUUGAUCCAACAGAGUACUCAUCAUUAGGUGAAUUGCUGUCACAACUUCAGUCGGCAGCAGAAGAUCCACGGAACGAAUACCAUUUCUUGAACACUAUUGUUAGUUUCUUCACUGAUUUUAGGAAUUCAGUAGCUGUAGGUCAGCAAGCUGGGGUAGAGCUUUUAGCUGUGGACAAAGUCAGUGGUAAAAGGAGGAAGUCAUCAAAUUCUGGAUUAGGGUUGCCCGAAACUUUUGAAUUUGAUGAUAUGAAUGACACUUAUUGGACAGACAGGGUAAUUCAAAAUGGUGCUGAAGAGCAUGCGUCACGAAGGGGCAGAAAGAUUAAUUUUCAACCUGUCGUCCUUGCCCAACCAGAAAAAUCCCCUCAAGAGGGUCGCAGGCCAUACUCCAGGAGGCGGUAUUCUCAAGGAAAUAACGCUUUGCCAGCAGAGAAGCCUGUUGGCUAUGUGGACGAGAAUGCUCCAGCAGAACUUGUUUUGAACUUCUCUGAGGUGAAUUCUGUUCCUUCAGAAACAAAGCUAAAUAAAAUGUUUAGGCGCUUUGGACCUUUGAGGGAAUCUGAAACAGAAGUUGAUAGGGAAAGCAGUCGUGCUAGAGUUGUUUUUAAGAGAUCUUCUGAUGCAGAAGUUGCUUGCAAUAGUGCUGGAAAAUUCAACAUCUUUGGACCAAUACUUGUAAAUUACCAGCUCAACUAUACUCUAUCCCAGCUCAACUAUACUCCGUCUAUUCAGUUUAGUGCUUCUCCCAGCGCUACAACCCAGGAUCAGGAGAUGCAACUUGUUCUCUCCCCCCAUGACCAUGAGAUGCACCUUGAUCUCUCUGCCCAUGACCAGAUACAACUUGAUCUUUCUACUCAUGACCAGAUGCAACUUGAUCUUUCCACCCAUGACCAGAUGCAACUUGAUCUUUCCGCCCAUGACCAGAUGCAACUUGAUCUUUCCACCCACGACCAGAUGCAACUUGAUCUCUCCACCUUUGAAAACCUGGUUUGA